AUGGCGGAUCAUGAAUCCGACCAUUUUAAGGCUGACUCCUUUGAUGGGGACAAUGAAAGCGUCAACAAUGACCAAGACCACUUCCAUCUUGAGGACAACGAAGAUGACGAACCAUACCAACCCAAUAAUGAUGAUGGUCACAACAACGAUGAAGCCAACCGCCAACAACCAGACGUGGCAGAGGAGCUCAACGCUCUUCAGUCUGCCAUUUCAAGAAUUUCGAGAAAAGUCUCAACGAAUCAGGUAUAUCUGCGAGAAAUCGAACACCGCAUCUCGCAACUUGAACGUGCCACCCAACGUCUAACCGAAACCAUGCAGCGUUGGGAAGACCAGCAACAACCACGACAACAGCAACAGCAACCUGCACCACACGCCGAUCAAAACCGGCGCCGCCGUAACUCGCCACCUUCACUAGACAAUAGAAGAAACCAAGCAACUACCACCUGUGCAUUCUGUGGCGACGAACACUGGGCCACAGAUUGCACACAGUACCGAACUCUUUCACAGAGACGUGCACAAUGCUACAAUAGAAACCGCUGUGAACGUUGUCUAAGAGAAGCCACUCAUAUGGUUACUUCUUGCAAUGUUAACCUCCAAUGUUUCUACUGUAGGCGAGAUCGCCGUACCAACGUAAUGUCGCGCCACAAUUCGGCGUUCUGCCCAUACCAGUUUCCAAUGUAA